AGUACAACCAAUAAAGUAUCGCUGCUAAGUGGGCGCAUCUGCUCGCCGCCGCAUCCUUCUUUUCGUCUCACCGCGGACGUAACAGGGACAAAACCUCAGACGUCAAAUGACAUUUGUAGCGGAGGCGCCGCUACAGGGGACGGGGCUGACUCAUAACACAUUCAUACCAGGCUGAUGUAUGUACCCAGAGAGGCAACCACAGUCCACAGGAGCCGCAUCACACCUUCCCUCUGUCUCCACUAUCUCUUCCAUCGUGAAGGGGAAUGCCUUCUGAACCCAGCCUCAGUAAGGAGAUGCUAACAGGACAGAGACUCUGCCAUUCAAAAUCCCACCAGGAUUCGGUUCUCUCUGCCCUCAACCAGCAGAGAAAAGAUGGCCUGCUGUGUGAUGUCACCCUGGUUGCCGGUGAGCAGAAGUUUCACGCCCACAAAGCCGUCCUGGCAGCGUGCAGCGAUUACUUCAGGGCCAUGUUCAGCCUGUGCAUGGUGGAGAGUGAAGCAGAUGAGGUGACCCUGCAAGGAGUGACCAGCGUCGGACUAAAGCAUGCUUUAGAUUUCGCCUACACUGGACAGAUUCUGCUGGAGCCAGCUGUGAUCCAGGACGUCCUCUCUGCAGGCAGCCACCUACAGCUGCUGGAGCUCCUCAGUCUCUGUUCACACUACCUCAUCCAGGAGCUGAGCAGCGUGAACUACCUGGAGCUUUACCGUGUGGCCGACCUAUUCCACCUACCGACCUUAGAGGAGGCUGUGGUGAGCUUCCUGGUGGAGCAUCUGUCUGAGCUGAGCCAAAACCGACCGGACGAGGCCCUGCAGCUGCCCUACCGCCUCCUGAGGGAAGUGCUGAAGAGCGAUCGUCUUACCUCCCUCAGUGAGGAGGAGAUAUGGAAGCUGGUUGUUCUGUGGCUGGAGCACGACUGUCGUUACCAGUACACGGAGGAUCUGCUGCAGCAUGUCCGCUACGGCCUGAUGGAUAUCCCCACUUUGCACCACCUCUCCAACAGCCAUCCUGUGGUCCAGUCCAGCCCCACUGCUGCCGCUCUGGUGGAUGAGGCCCUAGACUACCACCACUCCACCUUUGCUCAGCCCCUCCGGCAGUCACCUCGCACCAGGCCUCGCUUCCAGUCCCUCACCCUCUACAUAGUCGGGGGUCGAAAGCGGGAGGUGAGCAGAGUCAGGGAGUUACGGUACUUCAACCCGUCUUCCCAGGAGCACGUACGGGUGGCAGGUGGAUCAAACUGGAGCGAGCUGGCCCCCAUGCCCACUGGACGCAGUCACCAUUGCGUGGCUGUGAUGGGAAACUUCCUGUUUGUGGUGGGUGGUGAAGUGGAGCAUGCCACUGGGAGGACGUGUGCAGUGAGGACUGCCUGUAGAUAUGACCCUAGGGGAAAUCGGUGGACUGAGAUUGCCCCUAUGAAGGCCUGCAGAGAACAUUUUGUCCUGGGAGCUUUGGGUCAAUACUUGUAUGCAGUGGGCGGCAGGAAUGAGCUGCGGCAGGUGUUGCCAUCCGUGGAGCGUUACUGUCCCAAGAAGAACAAAUGGAUGUUUGUCCAGCCCUUCGACCGCUCACUGUCUUGUCAUGCUGGCUGUGUGGCCGACAACCUGCUCUGGGUCUCAGGUGGAGUUACAAACACCGCUCAGUACCAAAACCGGCUCAUGGUCUAUGACCCAGAACAGGACCAGUGGUUGGCUCGCAGUCCUAUGCUGCAGAGACGAGUGUACCACGUCAUGGCGGCGGUAAGGAGGCAGCUCUACGUGCUAGGUGGAAACGACCUGGAUUACAACAACGAUCGCAUCCUGGUUCGUCACAUUGACUCUUACAACAUGGACCUGGACCAGUGGACACGGUGCUCCUUCAGCCUCCUCACAGGUCAAAACGAGUCCGGAGUAGCUGUCCAUGAUGACAGGAUCUAUGUAGUUGGAGGAUACUCCAUUUGGACCAAUGAACCUCUGGCAUGCAUUCAGGUGUUGGAUCUGAGCACAGAGGGGAAGGAGGAGGUUUUCUAUGGACCAACACUGCCAUUCGCCUCCAAUGGGAUAGCGACAUGUUUCCUCCCAGCUCCUUAUUUCACCUGCCCAAACCUGCAGACCCUCCAAGUACCCCAUCACAGGAUAGGUGCUGUUUAAUCCACUGAUGAACAAACUGUCAGCAAACAUGCACACAUAACCAGAUGAUGGAUGCACUCCCAGUUAAACCACAGACAGUAUUUGCAAACUUGACUGAUGAAAAUGCACUUGAUCAUAGUAAUGACACUGAACCUGAAUGCCCUUUUGCAGAGGCGUACAGGGAUUUUUCUGAAACACAGAAAUGUAUUGAUCGAACAUUCCUGAUUUAGAAGAGCCAUGCUAUUCUCGAAGCUUCUAUGAGCAAGCUGCUGCCCCAUCAACACAGCAUAUCUGCUGAAUUUCCCAAAGACUGAGAUCACGUUUAGCAAUGACAAGAUGAGCAAGUUAAAGUAUCUCAAGAAGAAGACAUGAGCUAAAUGCUGGCUGAGCAAAUAGUAAUAAAUAAUAGUAAAUAACAAAACAAGCUGAGCUGCUCAACUAACCACAGGAGUUCAAAAAAGCAUUUUUUGUAACCCAUAUUAGGGCUGUAAGACUUUGUAGUAAUAUUAAUAAACAAUAUAACUUUUCCGUUUAACCUCUAUACUCACAUUUGUGGCCUGAAAAACACGUUAAAGUUUUUCAAGAUGCAGAGGACAAAGUCUGUUUUUUUUAAGUAAUCGCAUGAACUUUGAGUGCAUGAGGCUGAAACUCACCAAUGCAUAAAAAAACAUGUCAUUUUUUUAAAAUAAAAAAAAACAAUAACAAAAAAAGCUCAUGUAAAUGUAAAAACAUGACUUGGACAAAUGACUCGCCUGCUAAAGCAGUGACAUACUACACAUGUGUAAGCUGUUGAUCUGUGUAUGUCAGAUUUUUAUUAUGCUCAGGACCUAAGACUGUUUAUGCUCAUCUGAAUGUCUGGUUAUUGCCCAUUCAACAUGUAUGUUUUGAAUAUUCUCCAAAAUAUGUAAACAUAUGGUACUGCGUUGUCAUUUACAAACAUACUUUGACCAAGUGAGAAAAGAAAAUGUGAUGCCUGCACUUCCCUCAUCUGUCCAAAGCAACACAUCUGCAAGAAUAUAUGGCAAAUUUGCCAAAUAAAGAUGCUGUGGAAAUACACAAAGCUGCUAGUUUAAUUAACACUUGUGACAAUAUGAUGAUCAUAGCUGUUUUUUUCAUUAUUUUCCAGCAAAAGAUUAUGUAAAAACAUUCCUCUGCUGCUAGCUUUUUGUAAAGAUUCAACACCCAGCCUAUACUCCUGGAGGGGAAAAAGUGGUGCAGCAAAACUCCAAUAAGGACAUGCAUUGCAGUUUGAUGAGGCUGGAAAAUGACUAGCAAUGACAGAAAAUGAGACUUGGUGAUUGUAGGAGACAGAAGUGAGACUU